AAACAUAAAAUUCAUAGUUCUAAUAUACAAACGUCAUUUAGUAUUACAAUAGUAAACAAUGCUAUUUCAAUCAGCUGCAUCAAUUUAUCAAAAAAUCAAGCAAAACAAAUCAAGCGUCGUUCACAAAAUAGCGCCAAAGUUAGUCGAUCAGUGUAUUAGAAAAAUUAUGGCUCCGCCGACGAAAAAAUCAAAAACCGAAGAAGAAACAAAUGAAUCAGAAUUUUUGAGCAUAUUUGAAGAUGAUCGAAAAAAAGCAGCGAAAAAUAUUCUCGAUUUCAAAUUCAAUAAAUCAAGAGUACGUAUUUUGAACAAGCAAAAUGACGUGAAGCAAAAUUCAAAUGGAAUCAUUUACUGGAUGUUUCGAGAUCAGCGUGUUCAAGACAAUUGGGCAUUUUUAUUUGCACAAAAGUUAGCAAUGAAAAAUCAAGUACCACUUCAUGUGUGUUUUUGUUUAUUGCCAAAGUUUCUCGAUGCAAAUACACGCCAUUACAAAUUUCUUGUAAAAGGUUUGCAAGAAAUUGAAGAAGAAUGUAAUACGCUGGACAUAAAUUUCCAUUUAUUUUAUGGUGACGGUGGUACUGAAGUACCGAAAUUCGUGCAAAAAAGUUCAAUGGGAGCGGUUGUUUGUGAUUUUUGCCCAUUACGUGUACCAAUGCAAUGGAUUGAAAAUCUUAAGAAAAGUAUACCAGCUGAUAUUCCGAUUAUCCAAGUGGACGCACACAACAUUGUACCCGUUUGGGUUACAUCGGACAAACAAGAAUAUGCCGCACGCACCAUUCGAAAUAAAAUAGUCAGCAAAUUGAGCGAUUAUUUAACCGAAUUUCCACCAUUGGUGAAGCAUCCACACAAAAGUGAAUUAAAAUAUUCAAAACCAGACUGGAUCAAUUGCUGGAAACAUGUUGAUAUUAAAGAACUGCCAGAAAUAACAUGGGCAACACCCGGCUACAAAGGUGGCAUCAAACAGCUGGAAAUUUUCUGUUUGAAACGUUUGAAGGAUUAUGCUACAAAGCGAAAUGAUCCAACGUUGAAUUUUUUAUCCGAUCUUUCGCCAUGGUUUCAUUUCGGUCAAAUUGCACCGCAGCGAGCCAUUCUACAGGUGUCGAAAUAUAAAAAAUUUAAAGAAAGCGUCGAAGCAUUUCGCGAAGAAGCCAUCGUUCGUCGUGAACUCGCAGACAAUUUUUGCUUUUUUAAUGAACACUAUGAUUCGUUGAAAGGUUGCACAUCGUGGGCACAAAAAACGCUCAAUGACCAUCGCAAAGAUAAGCGAGAAUGGACUUAUACGGUGGAAGAAUUUGAACAAGCAAAAACGCACGAUGAUCUGUGGAAUUCAGCGCAAAUCCAACUCAAUAAAGAGGGAAAAAUGCACGGUUUUCUUCGAAUGUAUUGGGCCAAGAAGAUUUUGGAGUGGUCAGAAUCUCCGGAAAGUGCACUUACCACAGCUAUCUAUUUGAAUGAUUAUUACAGCAUGGAUGGAAGAGACCCAAAUGGUUACGUAGGAUGUAUGUGGUCUAUUGGAGGAAUCCAUGAUCAAGGCUGGACAGAACGGGCAAUUUUCGGAAAAAUCAGAUACAUGAACUAUGCAGGAUGUAAAAGAAAAUUUGAUGUGAAUGCAUUCGUCGCUCGUUACGGAGGAAAAGUCCAUCAAAAAUCCAAAAAAUAAACUGCACAAAGCUGAUCUCACAUUACCAGUGAGCUAAAACUUAAAAUAAGUUAUCAUGAGAAAGUACCUUUAACACACUUAAAGAUUCAUUUUUAUGGACUUGAUGAAUUUUCAGAUUUGGUUUGAAUAAUAAAGUUGUCAUUAAUAAAUAU